UAAGGAAGAAUAGAGGAAAAGAACGAAGAAAUGGGAUGGGGAAAUUGUGGCAGUGACUAAUUUGAGAGUAGAGACCAACCAUCUCACACACGCAACCACCAUAACAAUCCCCCAUCCCCCACACUCUUUGAUACUACAAAAACACAAGGCACGUGGCACACUCAAUCAAGAACAAGAAGAAGAAGAAGAUGGGAAAGGCGAAAGAUGCGGUGGUGGUUGUUGGAGCCCUAGCGUUGGCGUGGGCCGCCAUAGAGCUGGCCCUGAAGCCGUUCCUGAGCAAGGCCCGGUCCGACAUAGACAAAUCCGACCCGGCUCGAGACCCCGACGAUGACGCCGUUCCUCCGGCUGAACCCAAACCCCUGGAUCCCCCUGCUCCACCUGCACCUGACGCUUGAACCCAGGUGGUGUCUGCCUUAUUUCCUUUCCCUCUUUCGAAUCUGUUAUGUAUUCUGGACAAUCAUCCAACUCUCUUUCUUCUUCUCUUUAUUGGAACAUUCGACUCACUAGGAUGCAAUGCAAUACCGCUUUAUUCCUAUUCCUCUUUGUUGAAUUCUCUUAUCUCAUGUUCCGAUCGCAGAAUAAUCAAAUCAACUACUCAAUCUUUUUUUGUCAUCUUCUUAAAUACGAAACCAAUCAUUGCCUUUAUCAUGAAAAUCGUAUUACAAUUUGCGCCGAUUACACAAUCAUUACAACAAACAGCAAGCAACUACGUUCUUUUGUGUCUCUUUUGUUAAGAGAUUUGGUUUAGAUGCCCCAAUUACCACUUUACAUCUUGUUAAAGAUUUUAUUGAAGUCAAGUCAUUAUCCAAUUUUAUAACUCUAAUGUAUAUAUUAUAUACUUUUUAUUUAGUGGUUUUUUUUAUAUCAAUUGUAUAAAUUUGUUACUCUACCAAUUGAUGGUAGUAUACUGUAUACCAACAAGCUAUAAUUUAAAGAGGAGUACAGGAAUUAGUAAA